AGAGCACAAUUUACCGUGACGUUUACAGCAAAGCACGGUCAAAUAUGGUUGAUUGCGGGAACCCGAGGUGUGCUCAGGACAGAAGAUCGUUUCGGAAAGAGCUACUUUCAUGGGGUAAAAAGGUUCCAGUAUUGUUGGCUUAUGAGGCAAUUGCAGGACGGUUUGGAGGAAAAGAAGUUUCAGAUGAACUUGAUAAAUGUUUUAAUAGUUUGGAAAGUGAUGAGCCUGAAGAUUUUGCUCCAGAGAAUGAAUGUAUUUAUUGUGAAUCAAAAUUGGCCUCCAUAGUUGACAUAGUCAGCAAACUUACAGAUGAUGCUAAAAAAGGAAAAAUUGAUCCUGACAAUGCACAUCUACGGUAUUUGCAUGAUUUACUUCCUUUUUGUACACAAUACUAUACCACAAACAUCAAAAAAGAAUCAGAAAAACGAACUAGCCCUAAGCCGGAAGAUGUGUCAACGUCUAGUAAAUUACACAUAGAACUUAAAGUUCCUCAAAUUCCACAACAACCAGGUAAAAAUAAGAAAGAUAUUCUUCCAAAUGGUAAACGAGGAUAUACUGAUGAUGAUCUUGUAUCUGCUGUUUGUGAUAUAAGAAAUGGUAAAUUGGGUACUAGAAGAGCCUCAACUCUCUAUGGUAUACCGCGCUCAACACUCAGAAACAAAAUAUUUAAAAUGGAAAUAGAAGAUCAAAGCAGUGUAACAGAUGAACCAGAUGAUUCCAAUUCUGUUGAUGAAUCCUCAGUAAAUAAUACUAGCAGUAUGAAGUUAACAGAUCUAAUGCAGGCUGGAUCAUUAGCAUUCCUUCCUCCCAUACCUUUCCUUUUACCAUAUCAAAAGCAAGCAGAACUUACUCCAGAGGAGAUGGAGAGAAAAAUGGAACAAAUACGACACAAGCAUAAUAUUGAUGGAUCUCGAGAAACAAGCCCUAAGCCUGCUCAUAUCAACGAACUGAAACUUCCCUUAUUGGCAGAUUUGAUUCAUAAAUUAGUUGAACAACGAUUUGAAAUGGAGUGCCAAAAAAGUGCCUCGAAGAAGAAAUCUAAUAGUACAUGUAGUAGUAGUAGCAGUAAUGAAUCUCAAAACAGUCUUGCCAUGAGCAGCCCUUAUUAUUCACCUUUGACCGCAGCUUAUUUGUCAUCAUUGAACACCAGUGAAGAUCCUGAUAUCCGAAUUCCGUCCUACAAGAGUGCCACUACCAGUGCCAACACUCAGUUAUCGGAGAAAAGUAAGAUGUAUGGUAAAGUGUAUGAUGGAGGUAGAAUAGGAGAAACAUUAAAAGAUAUUAUAAUGAAAACUAUCACAGAGAAGAUGAGGUUUAAAGAUGGAUCUGACAGUAGUUCUGAAGCCGAAAUCUCGAGUCCCCUUAUUUCACAUUUGGUAGAUAGAAGACUGCCACAAAUGACUGUACCUAACUCCAAAUACUCAACUAAUAACCACACAGCUUCAAAACGCAGGAAAGAGAGUGAACGAGAGAAAACCUCACAACCAGCAAAUUCAGUAAAGAAAACAAGACCCAAACGAGGCCAAUAUCGUAAAUAUAAUAGUGCCCUAUUGAUGGAAGCUGUACGAGCUGUCCAGCGUGGCGAGAUGAGUGUGCACAGGGCUGGCAGUUAUUAUGGUGUGCCUCAUUCAACUUUAGAAUAUAAGGUAAAAGAAAGACAUCUACUCAGACAGAAGAAAAUGAGAGAUACUCAAACCACAAAAGAAUCAAAAACUGUCACAAGUGCAAGUUCAGCAGAAACCUCUAGUUCCACCUCCUCCCCUGCCUCAUCAAAGACCACAACCACUACUAAAUCAGAAUCUACUAAGUUGAGUGCCUUGGGUUUCACUCCUUCUAAAGACUCCACCAAUAACCUGCCAUGGUACCAGCCCUAUCUCAAUGCCAAUCCAGAAUUCAAAGCAGAUAUGAAUUUUUUUCCUUCUGGUUUUGCUCUAAGCACACCAGCAUCAGAACUGCUUCGUAAACUCCAGCAUAAAGUACAGAGUAAAUCUAGUCCAUUUAGUCCUGACAGUUCUUUUGAAUUUACAGGCUCCAAUCAUAAUGUAAGUAAUCUUGGUGAUCGUUAUAUGUUGUAUAAUUGAUAGUGAAGAUAUUAAGAUAUAUAUUUGCUCACAUAAUACUAUGGUGAAGGAUUGUGGUCUCUACUAUAAUAGUAGAAUACUGUGAUUGUUGUCAUUACUGUAUAUUAAAUAUUGUAUGGUAAUUGUUUAUGAUCACAUAAUAUAUUGUAAAUUCACUAAUUAUCACAUGUUUUCUCCUCCAUGUUUUUUAGUGCAUAAUAUAAAUUAUUAUUGAAAUUAUUUACAUGUAAUAUUUAUAAUGAAAUGUAACUCUUUAAUCUAAUGUAUGAAUUAUACAUUGUCCACUUGUAACAACAUAAUACCAGAGUACCUCAUUGGUUGUGAUUUAUAAUAAAAUGAUGGUAUUAGUUUGGAGAAGGAUUAAAUUUGUAGGAAGUAGAAUUGAUUUAUGUACAAAAGGUUGAUUUGAUGUCACUAUCGAGAUUGAUGAUUGUUUGGGAUAAUAUUGGUAUGUAUGUAUUUGGUUUGUGUUAAUAUAAAUGGACAAAUCUAGCAUUGUAUUUCUUAUAAUUUGUUUACAUUGUAUUACAAGGGUCAUCUGUACAGAAUCAAAUACUUUUUUUUGUAUUUUCGAAAGAAAUAUUUUGAUAGGAGUGUUUGAGAUACAUGAAUUGGUUUAUAUUUUGGUGGGUACAUUUAUAUACACAUGCAUCUGUUCAUUUUUGGGGGGUACAUUUCUACAUUAAUGUCAUGAUUAUUUGAUUGAGUGAUUGUUUAUUUAAAUUUUAUACAGAAUUUUGAAUAACAAAAAAAACAAAAACUAUCUGGAAUGAUAAAGUCAAAACAAACAAAGAGCUUGAUUUUUGGUUUUAUGAAAACCUUGGUUUUUAUGGUAAUGAAGUUGGCUUAUAUACUACAUUCAAUGGUAAGAUUUGGACUGGAGUGGUUUUUAUCAGAGAUUAAGUUAUGAUAUUUCAAUUAUUGUCAUGAAAUAUGUGCAUGAGUUUUGUCACCCAUGCUGGAUUUUUUCCUCUUAACUUGUCUUUUCAAGUUGUUUUAUUACCGUCCCCUCUUUGUAAAUAGUUUGGAAAUGGUUAUUUAUAUUUAAUCUUAUUGUUAAACUAGACAUAAUAAAAUAAAUGUUAGAUAGUUGUCACAUGACAGAUACUGGGCUUAAAGUGUGUGUAUGGUAUUAUCAUAUAUAUUUUGUAAUUAAAAUAGUACAAGACUUGUUUCUAGAAAAAUUCCAAGUUGAAGUGACAAUCUGUGGUCUGUCAUCUAGUCCUGUAUAGUCUAAUAUGGCAAACAGGUUAAUUUAAUAUAUUUCAAAACUGGAUUGCCACUUUGGCCUGGAUUGAAUUAUAUUAAUCCUAAGAAUUAGACCCACCAACAAUUUGAUUUUGCUAUCAGUCCGUUGUGAAUUUAGUUUAUAAAGGGCUGUCACUUUAAUAUUAAUAUAGGCCUAAUUAUUCUAAUUCUAAGAACUAAACCUACUAAGUAUUUGAUUUUGCUAGCAAUCAGUGAUGACCAAUACAUAGGUUUGUCAUUAUUUAACCAAACACACCUCAUCAGUGUUGGUUUUUAAAAAACACACUGUUCAUUAAUGAAGUAUACUAUUGUCACCUCAUAAUACAUGUUAGCUACCUACCAUACAUAGUAUGGCGCUUCUACUCUAUAUAUAUCUAUCUAUCUAUCUAUAUAUUUAUAUAUAUAACAUUCCUAUUGCCGGUUUUACCACUCACGCUUUAUUUAUUGUUGUUUUUAUUUGAAUUCAGUGGUCUUAGGUGAUUUACUAGGAGAAAUAUUACAUAUAUACAUUAAAUAUAUAUUUAUUAUAUCAGAUGUUUUGUAUCUUGAUAUUGUUGUUAUUAAUAUGUUUUCUGUACACUAUAUUAUAUGUAUAUCAUCUUAAAGGGACUUUUGUGCAAUUAUUGACUACAACUUAUUUGGAAUGAGCACUGCAGACACAGUAAUAAUAUAGGUUGUAAACAUUUCUUACAUCAUUUAAAAUGUACCGACUUCAAAUCUUUUCAAAAAUUGUUUUAAGCUGUAUUUAUGUCUGAAUCUUGUAUACACAUGACAAAUGAUCAAUAAUUUAGAAAUAUUGCAUUUAGUCAUAUUAAGUAACAGAACAAUCAACAUGUGAACACUACUACUGAGAUUGUACUUACAACAUUAUUCUUUGGAAAAGAGUCACUGUUAAUAUAUAAAAAGUUUUAAAAAAAAAUACAAAGAUACAGUACAACAUUAUUCUUUGGAAAAGAGUCACUGUUAAUAUAUUAGAAGUUCAAAAAAAAAAAAAAAAAAAAUACAAA